UAGCCUUUCGGUGCUUAUUCAACCACGUUGAUACUUUUUACUCUUUCCUGUUUCUUUUUCUGAUAACUUGGGCAAUAUAAGCAGUAGUUUCAGUUCUUCUUCUGCAUAACUGAUCCGACUCUCCAUCGAAUUCUCAAGCUCAGACAAGAUGGUAAAGCUAAAGCUGCAAGUUUGCAGCCUUGUCAUUACCAUGUUUCAAAUCCAUGCCAGCUUUCCUUCUUCCUUUGACUCCAAAUCAGUUGACAUCCCUCAUCAUUUUUUGGCUCUCUGGUGAUUCAAAUUCCCCUUCACCUUGUUUUCUUUGAAUUCAAAAGCAGUGGCUUGUAGCAAGUUUGCAAGAGUUACACUAUCUCUCUUUCUUAUGAAAGUUUCCUGCUUUCAACUAUGGCCAUUGAGGUGUGCUCGGAGAUUUCCAGCCCCGGAUUUAGUCCAAGAAUUUCGUUUUCUCAUGAUCUCGACAAGGCAAACUCUCCGGUGCCAAAGGAAGAGCAGCAGCAGCUGCUGCAACGGUUAGACUCCUCUCUAGUGGAUUCAAGUUCCGAUUUUGACUUCUGCAUUGUCAAUAAUAUCAAGCUAGAGCUGUCUUCAGCCGACGAGCUUUUCUCCAAUGGCAAGAUUCUUCCAGUCCAAAUCAAGCCAACUCCCACUACAACAACUCCCAAAGAAACCCUCCUUCACCCUCCUCAUCAAUCUGCAACAAAGAACACAGAGAAAAAGAGGCUGAAGGAGUUCUUAGAAGACAGCAAUGCCGAAGAUGAAUCUAAUGACAAUGAAGAGAAGCCUCCGAUUGCAAAGCCUUCCUGGCAGUUCAGGAGAAGCAGCAGCCUCAAUUUCGAUAGUACAACUGCUCGAGGUAUGAACAUAAUCCGAUCACUCCAUUUUCUUUCGAGAAGCAACUCAACUGGAUCAGCUCCAAAUCCAAAACAAACAUUUACCCCAAAUCAGAAACAGCAGCAUUUGCAGAAAAACCAAUCUACCAACUCAAGAAGAAGAUCAUCAUCAGCAUCAUCAUCAUCAUGUUCAAGUAGCACUACAUACUAUCCUUACAACACUUCACCGCGGUCACUGAAGCCAUCGUUAAGGAAGAGUGGAUCUUACGGCAGCAAUGGGAUAAGAAUUAGUCCAGUCCUAAAUCUCCCACCGCCUUACAUUUCGAAAGUUACCGUCAGUUUUUUCGGGUUCGGAUCUCUGUUCUGUAAUGGUAAGUUAAAAAAGAAGAAGAAAUGAGAUGUCCUCAUGUUGAGAUACAGAUGCAGAAUUGCAGAUAGCUGUCCAACCAUGUGAUCAUACUCUGUAAAAUAAGAAAUGUUUAGGAAUCUUUUCUGGUAAUGUAUAGAAGAAUAGUUCAUCGACUAUUUGAGGUUAUUACUCGUGAAAACUACAGGGGAGAGAAGUGUAGGGACAGUAAACUCUGCAUUUCAUAUCGAAGUGUUACAGGCUUAGGAGACAAGAUAAACAAGGUAUCUUUCUCUCAAGCCACUCACAUCCCAUUCUUUCAUUUUUCUCUGCUAUUGAUUCUUUUUUUAUAUAUAGCACAAACCAAGUAUAUACGACUCUUUUUUUUCUUCGUUUGAUUAAGGGUUUCUUUUUGUUCUUUUCUGCUUUGCGUUACUUAGGAUCUUUUAGAUUUUGUUUUAAAUCGUAGGAUUAGCACAGAAAGACAGGUUAGCUGAAGAAUCCAUCAUCUGUGGAAAAGGAGUCAUUACUCCCUUUCUUUAGUCCUCAAUCAUCAUUUCCCCAAAGCAAAGGUGUUUAGAA